UGUGCUCAGAUUUUAGCAGUAGGAGUCCGUUGGGAGAAGGAUGGGGGAAAGGAACCAAAAACAAUUAAGGCAGGCUCUGUAAGCUUCCACCUCCCACACCAGAAAAGUCCCACAGCAGAAGACUGCCGUGGAACCUUCCCUGCUGUAGAGGAAAGUGCUGACUUUAAGCAAUUUCUGCGGUCACGCCUUCCUCUUCUUUCCUUUCUCCCUCUCAUUCAUUCACUGACGCCGCAGCACUGAUCAGCACAGACACAGAAGAUGCCUCCAAGGGACCAAAGGGAAUAACCGCGGUUCUGAGGACCGUGACAAACACUCAUCGUUGGGUGGGGCUCUAGUGCAGUCCGUUGGUGCCAAUAUUUUAUAAGCGACGUUUUCAAACUAUGUGAAGAUCCUUUCUUUUCUUUUCUUUUCUUUCUUUUUUUUUGUUUUUGAGACGGAAUCUCGCUCUGUCGCCCGGGCUGGAGUGCAGUGGCGCGAUCUCGGCUCACUGCAACCUGCGCCUCCCAGGUUCACGCGAUUCUCCUGCCUCAGUCUCCUGAAUAGCUGGGACUACGGGCGCCCAUCACCACACCCGGCUAAUUUUUUGUAUCUUUAGUAGAGACGGAGUUUCACUAUGUUGGCCAGACUGGUCUCGAACUCCUGACCUCAGGUGAUCUGCCCUUCUCAGCCUCCCAAAGUGCUGGGAUUACAGGCAUGAGCCACCAUUCUCGGCUGAAGAUCCAUUUUAAGAAGAUUUAUUCCUCUAUGAUGGAGAAGUAUGAAAAAAUUGGGAAAAUUGGAGAAGGAUCCUAUGGAGUUGUUUUCAAAUGUAGAAACAGGGACACGGGUCAGAUUGUGGCCAUCAAGAAGUUUCUGGAGACAGAAGAUGACCCUGUCAUAAAGAAAAUUGCCCUUCGGGAAAUCCGAAUGCUCAAGCAACUCAAGCAUCCCAACCUUGUUAACCUCCUGGAAGUCUUCAGGAGGAAACGGAGGCUUCACCUGGUGUUUGAAUAUUGUGACCACACAGUUCUCCAUGAGUUGGACAGAUACCAAAGAGGGGUACCAGAACAUCUCGUGAAGAGCAUAACUUGGCAGACACUGCAAGCUGUAAAUUUUUGCCAUAAACACAAUUGCAUACAUAGAGACGUGAAGCCAGAAAACAUCCUCAUCACAAAACAUUCCGUGAUUAAGCUUUGUGACUUUGGAUUUGCUCGGCUUUUGACUGGACCGAGUGACUACUAUACAGACUACGUGGCUACCAGGUGGUACCGCUCCCCUGAGCUGCUGGUGGGGGACACGCAGUACGGCCCCCCGGUGGAUGUUUGGGCAAUUGGCUGUGUCUUUGCUGAGCUGCUGUCAGGAGUGCCUCUGUGGCCAGGAAAAUCGGAUGUGGAUCAGCUGUAUCUGAUUAGGAAGACCUUGGGGGAUCUCAUUCCUAGGCACCAGCAAGUGUUUAGCACGAAUCAGUACUUCAGUGGAGUGAAAAUUCCAGACCCUGAAGAUAUGGAACCACUUGAAUUAAAAUUCCCAAACAUCUCUUAUCCUGCCCUGGGGCUCCUAAAGGGCUGUCUCCACAUGGACCCUACUGAAAGGCUGACAUGUGAACAGCUGUUGCAUCACCCAUAUUUUGAAAACAUCAGAGAAAUAGAAGAUUUGGCAAAAGAACAUGACAAACCAACAAGGAAGACCCUAAGAAAGAGCCGAAAGCACCACUGCUUUACAGAAACAUCCAAGUUGCAGUACCUACCCCAGCUAACUGGCAGCAGCAUCCUUCCAGCUUUGGAUAAUAAGAAGUACUACUGUAAUACCAAGAAACUUAACUACCGUUUUCCAAACAUUUAAAGGAGCUAGGAGACAUGAUUUUAAAAAAGGAAUCAAUAGAUGCUUUGAAGAAAAUAAAACUUAUACAGUUGAUUGAAAACAAUUACAAUGUUGAAAACACACCAGGAGAAAACAUAAGCAAGAAACUGGGAGGCCAAUUGGCAAGAUAUGAAGGGAAAUUCCAGAUCCAGUCUUCCAUGCUUGAUGAUGGUGUCCAGAGAAGAAAAAACCUGUUUGGAGUUGCACUUGUAUUUCAGUUUAUGUAAGUAGCCGAACUUAUGGACAGAAUAUGAACUGUCCCAUACCUCUGGCAAAACUAGAUGAUAUCAAAAAGAUUUAUGCUUCAGUUGUACCACAUGCCACACAAGAAAAAUGAACUACAAAAUGCCCAUAUAUAUUUCUUCGGAUCUCUGUUGCCUGAGUCCUAUCUCCUGCCUCUCAGAUUGCUUCAGCAUCAUAUUUAAGAUAGUUCUAUUUCUUGAAAUCAAAAUGUUUAAAAUCCCAUUUCCUGCUUGCUCUAUUUCUUGAUUUUUAUAUUUUAAAACAUUUUGAGGGUAACACUUAGGUUCAAGAUAUUUAAAAGCAUAUGAAUUAUCACAAAAACUUGGUAAUUUAUCUAUUUAAUUAUAUGUUUCCACAUUUCAUCCUUACUUUAUCAGUAAAGGAUACACCUUAGUUACUUUUGCAGGCAAGGUGGAUUUACUGUAAUCUGUCUACAUUUAUUCACCCAAUUCCCCUUGUAAACAAUGGCAUGAAGCUCGGCAGCUGAUUAAGGCAGUCAAAGGGUAGAGCAAGACCUACAGGCUUUGCAGGAACUGAACCUGUCAGCCUGAAAAUAAUUAGUAUUUCAUUCUCUCUGGCACAGCCUUUGACCUGGAACAUCUAUAGGCAAACCUGUAAUUCAGUGAUCUGGGUUUCAGAAGAAAUUACUUGUGAGCUUUUACUUGAGUCAUGAAAGACAUUAUGUUGUAAACUGAUGUUUUCCCUGAAACAUCUUUUUGCACUAUGUUUGUAUGUGUAUGUAUGUGUAUGUGUAUAUAUAUAUGCUAUUCUAACAACUAAUAUAUUACACUAAGUAGUCCAAAGUAUUAAGGACUCAUAGCUUUGCACAGUGAGACUUAAAAUGAUGACAUAUAUAUAUAUAUAUAUAUCAAACCUCCCACCUCAGCCUCCCAAGUAGCUGGGACUGCAGGCAUGUGCCACUAUACUGGCUAAUUUUUUUGUAUUUUUUGGUAGAGACAGGGUUUUGCCAUGUUCCCCAGGCUGGUCUUGAACUCCUGGGCUCACGUGAUCUGAGCACCUUGGCCUUCCAGUGUGCUGGCAUUACAGGCAUGAGCCACUGCGCCUGGCCAAAAUGACAUAAUUAGCUUUGAUUUGGUCUACUGCUCUUAAUCAAAAAGCUUUUUCAUCCUUGUCCCCUGGACACAAGGGCAAUAUGAAGCCUGACGUCUGUUUCUUACAGCUCAACACCAUUUCUGGUUGAUAUGCUGCCACUAUUCCUAGCACUUCUCAGCCAUGGUCUUCAAAGUUGUAUUUCACUCUAUUUUCAAAACAUUUCUUCUGUACUCUCAUUUUCUUCCUGUUAAUUUUCUUCAUGAUGACAUCUGACCCCAUUUACUUAAGUAAUCCACUGAGGUCUGGUGUCUAUUCAAUAAUUUUGACUACCCUAGGCAGUUUAAUGAUAUCCUAAGGCUUCCUAAUGUAUGUCGUUUCUUGCCUAGACCUGAUAUGGGUUAAAUGCUAGUCCCUGAAUUAUUCAAUUCCUGUUAGACAGCCUUGAUUCAAAUGACAAGGAAGAACAUCCAGCUUCCGUGAAUAGUUAAAAAAAAAUUUUUUUUUCCUUAACCCAAGAAAAUGCACUUGACGGAGGCAGAUUACUAUAACUGCCUAAUAAUUCAGCCAAUAGUUUUACCAAAAACUAUUCAGAAUAGAAAAGUAGCUCUAGACUAAAUCGUGGUGAAUCAGUUGUCUCACCAUACAGUAAUGAAACAAACCUGAGAAAAAAGGCUUAUUUUUUUCUAAUGAGUUCCGUUAAAUUUAUGCUUAUGUUCAAUUUAACCAUAUUUAUAAUGCUUUUAUUCGGUAUGAAAUCUCCACUGUAUCACAUGAGACUCUCCCACAUCCUUUUAUUUACUAUUUUCUGAUUUUUAAAAUGACAGUGGCAAUUACCAUUUAUACUAUGUGUUAUUUGUAUAAGCUGUUAAACACAACGUUGUUAAACACAACGAAAAUUCAUUUUUCUACCUGAAAGCUGUAUCAUAGAAAAUUAUUUUCAAGUUUAUAUUCAACAGCUUAAUAAUGUUCAAACCAGGCUGGACGCGGUGGCUCCCAGCACUUUGGGAGGCCGAGGCGGGUGGAUCCUGAGGUUAGGAGUUCAACACCAGUCUGGCCAAGAUGGUGAAACCCUGUCUCUACUAAAAGUACAAAAAUUAGCUGGGCGUGGUGGUGGGCGCCUGUAAUCCCAGCUACCUGGGACGCUGAGGCAGAGAACUGCUUGAACCCGGGAGGCAGAGGUUGCAAUGAACUGAGAUCACAUCACUGCACUCCAACCUGGGCAACAGAGUGAGAGUCUGUCUCAAAAAAAAAAAGUUCAAAUCAAACACACAGAAAUCUAUAAACAAGCUGGCAUAUAAGAGUAAUAGAAUCAGGGCCAUUUCUCACAGGUAACAAUGAAGACCUGUUUUAUCUAUUUUUGACUUUUUUUUUUUUUUUUUGAGACAGGGUCUUAAUCUGUUGCCCAGGCUGGAGUGCAGUGGUGCCAACAUGGCUCACUGCAGCCUCGACUUCCCAGGCUCAACUGAUCCUCCUACCUCAGACUCCUGAGUAGUUGGGACUACAGGCAGGUGCCACUAUACCCAGCUAUUUUUUAUUUUUUAAUUUUUUGGUAGAGACAGGGUUUUACCAUGUUGCCCAGGCUCGUCCUGAACUCCUGGGCUCAAAUGAUCUGCCUGCCUUGGCCUUCAAAAGUGCUGGGAUUACAGGCCAGCCUUUUUUUUAAGAGACAGGGUCUCCCCCUUUCACCCAGGCUACCAGGCUGGUGUGCAGUGGCCGUGAUCAUAGCUUACUGCAGCCUCAAACUCCUGAGCUCAAGCAAUCCUACCACCUCAACCUCCCAAGUAUCUGAGAUUACAGGUAUGCACCACCAUGCCUGCCUAAUUUUUAAAAUUUUUUUAGAGAUGGGGUCUCGCUGUGUUGCCCAAAUUGGUCUCAAACUCCUGGUCUCAAGUGAUCCUCCCACCUCAGCCUCCCAAAGCACUGGGAUUACAGGCACGAGCCACGGCACCCAGCCUAAAGGAAUGUUAGGUUUCAAGAAAAACCUAAGCAUAGCCCACUGGUUUUUAUUGUGUCCUUUAUUAUAUUGCAAUCUGCAAAACUAUUUGUAUUCAGCCAAGUAUCUAUGUCCAGUUUUAAUAAAAUAGUAGCCUAAGCUUACAAAAUAGACAAAUUAAGCAGCAACUGUUGAUUCUGAGAAAGUCUGUAUGCUAUCAAGAACACAAGAAUGCAGGAUCAUGGGAAAUGCACGCAAAUCCUGUUGAAGCAAUGCAUGCUUCAACAACCACUGACCACUUUGCAUAAUUGACUCCAUCAAUGAAUCUGUAAUUUAGCUUCUAAUUUUUCAUAAUUGUGCAUUUAUGGUAGUAUGCUUCACUAACUUUAAAGUUAAAUGUAAAUUACUGUUAUAAUAAAAACAUCUGUUGUACAAAUAA